AUUUCAGACUCACACAGUAUACCGAGGUCAGUCCUCUCAGGUCGACGCAUUCCUCAUCGCCCUAUGAAACCUCCUCCGAGAAACUCGCACACUUCCCACCACAGCUUUACACGCCUGCCUUUCCCUGUCAUAUUCAUUGCUGGAUCUCCCAUCCCCGGCUGAAUCGGAGAGACGUCCCGCGAUAUAUGAAGCAGCGUCCUCUGUGACCUUUCAUAUCCUUUCGCUUCACCUCCUGUUGAAAUGACGAUUCAAGAUCUCAAAGCGCUCGGCAACAUCAUUCAAGAUUCCAUCACGAAACUAGAGAAGCACUACAAGGAUAGAAAGCUCGACUUCCCAUCCCUCGAUCAGCCAUACACCAAUGACGCUGCAGAUGCACUGACGUCGGACGCAGACGUCGUUGCAGCAGUCAAUAAUAUCACGGCUGCCUCGUACCAGCUGAUGUCAAAUGUCAGGCCUCCAUUCCUCAACAUACUCGAUGCGUCCACAGCGUACGAACUAUCGUCGUGUUUACGUGUAGCAGAACAAUGCAAUGCGGCCGAGAUUCUGCGAGAAGCUGGGCCAGAGGGCGCUCACAUUUCGAUCAUCGCGGCGAAGAAUAACCUUGAACCCACUAAACUAGCCCGUAUAUUCCGUCUCCUGGCUACCCACCAUAUCUUUCGAGAGGUCAAGCCAGACGUUUUCGCCAAUAAUCGGACCUCUUCGUACAUUGAUACAGGCAAAUCCACAGAACAGCUGUAUGAAUUAGGUGUUGAUAAACAUUCUGGGACGGCUGGUGCAGCUGCCAUUGUCGACCAUUUCGUCGACGAAGUCCAAAAGGCCUCGGGGUACCUUUGGGAAACCUUGAUCUCCCCGGAGAAAGGACACAGCUUCAGUUCCAUUCACGCGCCCGUCCAGGAGGCGUUCAAUACUGACCUGCAAUUCUUCACAUGGAUUGAGCAACCUGGUAAUGAACGUCGCUUCAAGCGAUACCCCGCGGCCAUCCGAGGGACGUCCUUGUGGAAUGGCCCUAGCGCAAUCUUGAAGGGAUAUGACUGGGGUUCGCUGACUUCAGACGAUUUGAUAGUGGAUGUUGGCGGCGGUGCGGGGAUGCCCUCCAUGUAUAUUGCUAGGGCAAACCCGAACGUGAAGAUCGUCAUUCAGGAGAGAGAGCAGGUCGCGGAACAGGGCAAGAUGUUUUGGUCCGAGACUUAUCCCGAUGCGUUCAAUUCUGGGCGGGUUAGUUUCCAGGUGCACGAGUUCUUCGAGCCGCAGCCACAGAAGAACGCGUCUGUCUUCGUUCUCCGGACUAUCCUGCACGACUGGCCGGAUAGCGACUGUGAGGUUAUCCUCCGCCAUCUGCGUGCUGCUGCCACUCCGAGGACACGGCUGGUCAUCGGCGACUACCUCAUCUCUUACGCCUGUCCGGAUACCGGCGCGGCAGGGUCGCUCGCUGGAUAUAAGCCAAUCGAGGCGCCACCACCGCUCUUGGCGAACCUGGGCAAGGCCAGCGCUACAGCGUAUGCGCUGGACAUGUCCAUGUUCACCAACUUUAAUGGACAGGAGAGAACGUUGAGACAUUUCCUUGACUUAACAGCGCGGUGUGGGUGGCAGGCGAUACAGGUGUAUCGUUGCGAUGAUUCGCCGUUCGGGUUCUUGGUUUCGAAGCCCAUGUGA